AUGAACAUUCAGCAACAAUACAAAACAACAACAUGUCAGAUACAAUGGACACCAUUAACAGGUUAUUUUAUUGAAUGUCGUUUACAAGAAGAUUCACAUUGGUCAAAAAAGACGUUAACUGAACCAAUUGAAGACACAGCAACAAAGAUAUAUUUAUUACAUACAGGACAUAAAUAUAAAUGUCAUAUUCGAGCUCGAAAUUUGACUGACCUUGGUGAACUAUCGAAUUCUACUAAAGAAACUAAAAUACGAGAAUUAAUUAUUCACGAAAAAUCAAAAUUUAUUCAAGAACUUGAACUUAUGACAAUCAUUAAUGUGCGAUCUGUUAUAUUGACUGGUCGUGUUGAACAUGAUCCAACAUCUGAAUUUAGAUGA